CGGACCGGAGUGGCAGCCGCCCGUCCUCUUCUGCGAGCUAAGGUUUGGGAGUCGGUGGGGGGACCGCGAGUGGAGCGCGGGAGCCCGGGCGGCAAGCGGGUGUGAGCUGCCCGAAAAUGCACUCGGAUGCUGCAGCUGUCAACUUUCAGCUGAACUCUCAUCUCUCAACACUGGCAAACAUUCAUAAGAUCUACCAUACCCUUAACAAGCUAAAUCUGACAGAAGACGUUGGCCAAGACGAUCACCAAACAGGAAGCCUGCGGUCUUGCAGUUCUUCGGACUGCUUUAGUAAAGUGAUGCCACCAAGGAAAAAGAGGAGGCCUGCCUCUGGAGAUGACUUAUCUGCCAAGAAGAGCAGGCAUGACAGCAUGUACAGGAAAUACGAAUCAACUAGAAUAAAGACUGAAGAAGAGGCCUUCUCCAGUAAGCGCUGCCUGGAGUGGUUUUAUGAAUAUGCAGCUGUAUUUGAGAGAGUGUCAAAUUUAAGUCAUGUGACACCACAUUUCACUACAGGGACCGACGACGUGGUGGGUCCUGAAGGCAUGGAGAAAUUCUGCGAAGACAUUGGAGUUGAACCAGAAAAUGUAGUUAUGCUUGUCCUAGCCUGGAAAUUAGAUGCACAAAACAUGGGCUAUUUUACUCUACAGGAAUGGCUGAAAGGAAUGACCUCUCUGCAAUGUGAUACAACAGAAAAACUCAGAACUACUUUGGAUUACUUAAGAUCAUUAUUAAACGAUACAACAAACUUUAAGCUCAUUUACAGAUACGCGUUUGACUUUGCACGGGAAAAGGACCAGCGCAGCCUAGACAUAAACACUGCCAAGUGCAUGUUGGGACUGUUAUUAGGAAAAAUCUGGCCCCUUUUUCCAGUUUUUCACCAAUUCUUAGAGCAAUCAAAAUAUAAAGUGAUAAACAAAGACCAGUGGUGCAAUGUGCUGGAGUUCAGCCGGACAAUUAGUCUCGACCUCAGCAACUAUGAUGAAGACGGAGCAUGGCCAGUUUUGUUGGACGAAUUUGUGGAAUGGUAUAAAGACAAACAGAUGUCCUAGGACUUUAUGCAUAGCAGCGAGAGAGUCACUGUUACCACGGUUAUGUCACCCAUUAGCCAUAAACUGCUGUUUGUAUCGAAGCGCAUGCUGCUUUCCUUGCGCUGUCUCCCUCUCGCAGGGGUGUUUUGGUGUUUGCUGUUGAAUGGGCCGCUCUGCUUGCUGCGCUCUGCUUGCUGUGUAGCACUGUUCUCUUGGAGGCUGCUCUGCAGUUCGUUUUCACACUACAGAUUGGUGAAUCUGCCAACGUCCUCACUGUGAUUAUGUGUAUAUUGAUGUUUAAAUUUUGUAUAUGUGUAUAAAGGAAAAGCUUCACCUAGAGAUUAUUUCUGCAAAAAUGUAUUGUAAAAAUAAUUUUGUGGCAUAUUUCUAGUCCCUUCCCCCCCCCAUCAAAUGAACCAGUUAUACUUUAUUUGGUCUCAAUAUGUAGCAUUUCAGAAGACAUUAUAACUGUCCCCACGAGCAAAUAUUGCCAGAAUGACCCUUACCGGUGGCUUAGGGGCCUAACUGGCAGAAGUAGGACUUGUGACUUACAGUGGCAUAAGCCACAUAGGACCUGGUUUCCUUGACAACUUUGGUAUUUUAAAGUGACAAACACUAUAAUUAUUUGAGCACACAGACCUAUAACAUGCUACAAAGCAUUUUGUAACACAAAGGUAUGGGUUUAUGGCC